AUGUUUUUCCUAUUGUUUAUUGGCGCUUUGCUUAUAGCUUUAAUCAUAAUCCUCCCUUCUUCUGCAGGUCUUCUCAAACUUGAGAGAAACACAAGGACCAAGAAGUCAGCAGAACCAGAAAGAUCCAAAAAUCCAUCAUCUUCCUCUGGCCAAGAAUAUUCGGGAUAUCUCCCCCCAGAUGAAUAUAACGCUUUGCAAGAACAGAAAAGAGAGCAAUAUCAGAAGGAGAGUUCAAUCAAAGCACGCGCAUCUGCCUUAAAGGACAAAAUCAACUUCACUGCCAAUGACAUUCCAGUGAAGUUUUCACUCCAGGAUCAGCAGAGAUUACGUCACCGUAACAAGGAAAGGUUGGACAUUGACAACAACCCAAAUAAUUAUGAUUAUGACUUAGAUGAACUUAUUAACGAAGAGAAGGAAAAAUCAUUGGAAGAUCAACAAAGAGAAGCAUACAAAAACGAAGUAUUAGGUCAAGAUAAGGAAGCCAUGGUGUAA